GUUUUCUUUUGAAGUCUGGUUGGCAUGAGCUGGAGCUUUGUUCUCUUGCAACAUUUUGCCCCGUUGCGAAGAAAGGUCUUUUGUGCAGAGGAGUGGAAGCCCUUAAUGCUCUCUUAAUCUGGGUCAGACUUUGGACUGGUCUCUCAGGUUUAUUUUUAAACCAGGGAUUAAUGACGCUUCCUCCUUCACCGACCAAAGGUUUUUCCUCUCUCCCACCUGCCCCACCUUCUUCCAACUGCACCGAGUCUUCUGAGAGGGGUGAGAACGGACUGAGGAGAAAUGGUUGGCAAAGAAGACCGGGCCGUCUCUCUCGAGCUGGGCCAGAAUGAAGGCAUCGAGAACAACGGGUUUGUUCAAAGCGAGGAGCUGGAGGGAAAGGAGGCCGAUGCCACAAGCCAAGAUGGGUUGCCAAAAACAUGUACUCUUUUCAUAGAGGCUGAAACGGCGGAAAAGUUACCAGUGAGGCCUUACGCCGGGAUGCCCAAAGAAGUGCUCCUCCAGUUCUCACCUCAAGCACGCUACAGAAUUACCAGAGAAAUACUUUUCUGGUUGAUCAUUGCAUCCUCGCUGGUGCUUGUGGCAGCUACGAUUGCCAUUAUUGCCCUGUCCCCCAAAUGCCUUGGCUGGUGGCAAGCCAGCCCCAUCUACCAAAUUUACCCUCGGUCGUUCAAGGACACCGACAGCGAUGGGAAUGGCGAUCUCAAAGGUAGGUGUGUCAGACUUAUUUUAUCUUCUGUUUCCUUGCAUUUCUAUCCUGCCUUUCUUCCAUCAUGGUUCCCAGACAUUCACUACCUGGACUCACAGCUGAGUCAGCAAGAUGGUGGUCUCACAGGCUGUAAGAAUAUAUCUUAGCCUUUUCCUUCCUUUUUUUUUUACAAAUCUUUUUUAUUCAGUUUUACAUUCUACAUUUGAAUUAAAACAUUAAUCAUAAUCAUCCUCAUUUAGGAUACUCUGAAUUCUUAGACUCCCUCCCUCAUGUUUCCAUUAUCAAACAUUUCCUACUGCAUCACAUAAUUUCUCUGUUUUACUUUCAGUAAUCUGUUUUUACCUUAGUUUUUAGUACAUUACAGGCAUUACUCAAAUCCUGCCAAAGCUUUUAGUUGUUUACAGUGUUCUAUAUCUUAGCCUUUUCUGUUCUAGUCAGAGUAAUGGAGAAUGAGAUUUCCUGACCCAGAAUAUAUAUAUAUAUAUAUAUAUAUAUAUAUAUAUAUAUAUAUAGAAAUGUAUCUUGAAGCUUUAUUGCCUAAAAUUGUGGACAUAUGUCCCACUCUAUGAGACAAGGAAGUUAUAAAAUAAGGGACCUUGCAGGAAAGGAAAUCAGGUGGAAUGUUCAAUCAUAACUUCAACAUUAAGUCACUUUCACACCGGACCUUUUAAAAGCAUUCUUACACCACUUUAACAGUCGUGGUUUCUUGCAAAGUACCCUGAGAACUGCAGUUAAGGGUGCUGAGAGUUGUUAUGUGAUUCCUGGCUGUGCUACCAUUCCCAGCACCCUCAAAAAAACCACAGUUCCCAGUAUUCUUUGAGGGAAGCCAUGGCUGUUGAAAUGGUUGUGAGUGCUUUAAUUGUAAAGUGGCAAGAGAUGCAACUGUUGGCAGUGGGGCUGCAUCCCCCACCACACCUGAAGGCGGCAAUCUAGCUUGGGGGGGGGGUGUUGCAGGAAAAUGAACACACACCUUGUGAGCAGAGCGCUAGGUGUGCUAGCACGGUUUCUACUGGGAAGGCAAGUAGGCAAGACACACAGACAGACCAUGUUACUAAAAAGUACCCCUGCUACUUCCGGGGUGCCAGGUCAGGAGGAGAGGAAAAGCUGAGUGUGCAAAAUAGAUUUGUCCUCUAAAUCGGGGAAGCCUGGCAGAAACGGGUUUUGUCCACCGCAGCGAGCAUCCUUCACUGACGUGCAUGUGGAUUUUCCUGCAUUCAUGUUGCAGGAUUUAUUUAUCCAGACAAACACAUACCACCAUCACCCCAAUGCAAGCAUGAGGUUCUUCACAUAGCCAGUGCUGGCUGGGAAAUGCCAUUGAGUAAAGGGAGGACAGGUAAAUUUAAAAAGCAUAGAUGCACAUGUGUAAAAAAUAUUUAGGGAAUAAGGGAUGAAAGCGUUUGUAAUUUUGAAGGCAACUUUUUUUCUCUCUCCUCUCUCCUCACAAUGCUGCUAGAGACCAUCAGUGCACCUCUUCAAAAUAUAGCCACUGCCUGCCUGCCUGCCUGUCUGAUAUGGAGCGAGAUAAACUAACUGGUCAGUUAGUCCAUCUAGCUCCAUAUCAGACAGACAGUGGCUCUGCAGUGCAAGUCCUCCAAUUGGGAAGAUAUCUGGGAUUGAAACAGAGACCUUUUGCCCAAAGAGCAAUGUUUUCUGCCACUGAGCAAUGGCUAGAUAAGCCUCCUGGGGAAAGGCCAGCUUGUUUGUGGGCUGGUAAUGCUUAUUCAUUUCCCCCCAAGGUACGUAAUGUUAAUCCUCCAAACCCCAAAGACCAAGGUACGAAGGGCUGCCUUAAGGCUUCCUCUGUAUGUUGUUGUUGUUUAGUCAUGUCCGACUCUUCAUGACCCCAUGGACCAGAGCACACCAGGCACUCCUGUCUUCCACUGCCUCCCACAGUUUGGUCAAACUCAUGCUGGUAGCUUCGAGAACAGUGUCCAACCAUCUCGUCCUCUGUCGUCCUCUUCUCCUUGUGCCCUCAAUCUUUCCCAACAUCAGGGUCUUUUCCAGGGAGUCUUCUCUUCUCAUGAGGUGGCCAAAGUAUUGGAGCCUCAGCUUCACGAUCUGUCCUUCCAGUGAGCACUCAGGGCUGGUUUCCUUAAGAAUGGAUAGGUUUGACCUUCUUGCAGUCCAUGGGACUCUCAAGAGUCUCCUCCAGCCCUGUAUAGCCCUGCCUUUUUACUGAGGGCAUGAACUGCAAAUAGACUUCCAGGGUCCUCCACUUUCAGAGGUAAGGGCUGUGUGGUGUUCAUACCAUACAUUAAAGCACAUCUCCCUGCUCCCAAGAAUCCUGGGAACUGUAGUUAAGGGUGUUGGGAAUUGUAGUUCUGCCAUAGGUAAACUACAGUUCCCAGGAUUAUUUGUGUGGGGAAGGUGCUUUAAAUGUGCUUCGAAUAUGUGGUGUGUAUGAAGCCCAAGUAGCUAAUGAGGUCUGUGCCUUUUCUUGACACCUCCUUUCUGUUCAUUUUGGUGUUAAAUCAAAACUGGUUUACAGUGGUACCUCGGGUUAAGUACUUAAUUCGUUCCGGAGGUCCGUUCUUAACCUGAAACUGUUCUUAACCUGAAGCACCAGUUUAGCUAAUGGGGCCUCCCGCUGCCGCCGUGCCGCCAGAGCACGAUCUCUGUUCUCAUCCUGAAGCAAAGUUCUUAACCUGAGGUACUAUUUCUGGGUUAGUGGAGUCUGUAACCUGAAGCAUAUGUAACCUGAAGCAUCUGUAACCCGAGGUACCACUGUAUUUGAAAGAUAAAUAGAUCAUUAUGGGACGUUCUGUUUCUGGCUAGCGGCAUUAGCCUUGCUACUGUUGGCUGCAUUUUGCAAAAGUGGGAGAUGCAUAUUUUGAUAAACACUCAAAAAUAUUCAGUAAGAAAUAUAAGGUAAGAGCUACAGCUCACUGCUUGUCCUUUUCUGGAAUGCAAUGUCAGAUGACCCCAAAGCUACUAGGCAACUGUUUGUAUCUGAAGAAUGUGUAGCAGCCCUGAUUAAGGCGAAGAUAAAGAGAGGUUUGGGAACUGGAAGAAGAAUAACAGUCAUAGUGAAGGCAAAGGCAAAAGGCAGUUUACCUAACGGAAAAUAGAAAGUUGGACUUUGGCCCUGAAAUUAUUCUUAUACAGUGGUACCUCAGGUUACAAACGCUUCAGGUUACAAACACCGCUAACCUGGAAGAGUUACCUCAAGUUGAGAACUUUGCCCCAGGAUGAGAACAGAAAUUGUGUGCUGGUGGCGCAGCGGCAGCAAGAGGCCCCAUUAGCUAAAGUGGUACCUCAGGUUAAGAACAGUUUCAGGUUAAGAACAGACCUCCAGAACGAGUUCAAGUUUGUAACUAGAGGUACCACUGUAGUCUUGUGCCUUAGAAAUCUUUCCAGUUAAUGUUUCAUGAAAUUAAAAGAUCUAGAAGGGUGGUUUGGGGGUUGUUGUUUUUAAAUACUCUACAUUCCUAAUGAAGAAAACAAAGGAUGCUGUAGCUAUUCUCAGACACCACCAUAGCUUCUUGGGAAUUAAUUAUUCUGCCAUGGAGACUUGGACCCCCUUGGUCAGCGUUUAGUUAAUUCUGAAUGGGAGGACGUUCUACAUCCCCUCAUCCUUCCCCAAACAGCCUGCUGCCAAGUCCCAUGGCUACUGGUGAUGCUAAUCCAUCUUGCUCCUUCUGUCUCUGGGACUGGCAAUCCAAACACUGGAUUUUAUUUAUUUGCUUGCAACAUCCUGCCUUCCUUCCACCAUGGAACCCCAGUGGUCUACAAGGGGUUCCCUGGUGGUCACCCAUCCAGACACUAUCCAGAGCCAGAGCUGCUUAGCUUCAACAAGGUGGUGACCUCACUUGCCUUCAGACCAUACCCUAAGAUGGCCCACUCCAAGACUAAGGAGAGGCUUCCUAUAAGUAUCUCUCAUGCGUUGUAACACUUGAACAAGUUAGGAACAACAGCAGUUCCAAACCUUACCCUAUGUUAUUGAUAAUGGAUUCUGGAUCAUGUGAACCAAGAAUGGAAGGAAGGAAGACUUUCCUGCCUCCUCCUUUCCUUCACUGCUCUCUGUGGUCUCCAAAAGCUGCUUCAGAGGUCUGGGAGAAUGGGAUGGUACUGAACAUAGGGAGCUGCUUGCUAAAGGAGUGGGGGAACUGGCCAAAAUCAGAUGGAUGGAAUGGAAUAUCCUGGAAGAGGUCCUAACAGGUUGGCUGGUUCAAACACAAGGCAGGAGCAAUGUUCUGCAGUGCAGCAUUAGUUGUUGUUGUUAGUUAUUAACCCACCUUUUAUUCAAGGAGCUUGAGGCAGUGUAAGUGUCCCUGUCCCCCCACAACUCAUUUGGGCCUCAUAACUAUCCUGUAAGAUGCAGAAGGAGUGAACUUCGCAAACCAUCAAGAAUUUGAACCAGCUAACCCCACUGGUUGUUACGGCAGUUUGUUCCUUCCCUUUUAUUUUCCCUACCUAGGUAUCCAAGAAAAGCUGGAUCACAUCCAGUAUCUAAAUGUAAAAACAAUCUGGAUCACAUCUGUUUACAAGUCUGCCUUACAAGAUUUCGGAUAUGGCAUAGAAGACUUUCGAGACAUAGACCCGAUGUUUGGAACCAUGAAGGAUUUUGAAAACCUGGUUGCAGCGAUACACGAUAAAGGUUGGCUUUGCUCUAUGUUUUAUUCUGGAUUGUUUCAUUUGCUGUUUAUAUGUACUUUGAUAUUUUUUUCCUUAAAAUUAUAAAACCGUAUAGAAAUGAAAUGGAAUGAAUGAAUGAAUGAUGAUGAUACAUCCCACUUAGUUAGCUAACUUAUUGAUAACAGAAUUAGCCAUUAAGUUGCAUCUGGAAUGAUCUCUGCUGCUGCUCAUCCAACAGGGAGCGAGGAAGAUCCAUUCUGCAGGUUAUUGGAUCCAAGCUAUAUUUUACUUGGUUUUGUGAAAUGCUUAGUAGUUUUUAUUACAUGCUAAUUAACUCCAUUGAUCUUCGGGACAGGAUCUUCACAAGCCCUUUUAGCAAUUUUUGGUAACAAUUUCCCCCAACUUGGUCCCAGUGCUUCAGAUGGUUCAGCUCAGUAAUCUUUGCAAUAAGCCUUUACAGUAAACAAGCAAGAUUAUCCCCCAUCUGCUAUUGUGCACCUGUCCAGUCAAAGCCCAAGACUUAGUUCUCUUCUAGGAACAAUGCAGGUGUGUGCAGUUUGACAGGCUGUUUUUUUACAUCCUCUUGUGCAAGGUUUGAAAGUGAUAAUGGAUCUAAUACCUAACCACACAAGUGACAAGCACAACUGGUUUCAGCUUAGUCGCAAUCGGACUGAAAAAUAUGCGGAUUAUUACAUCUGGCAUAACUGCACGUAUACCAAUGGGACCACCAAACCACCAAAUAACUGGGUGAGUACAGAACUCCGAUGGCACAACAAUAAACAAACAAAACAUGCAGCAAUGUAGGCAUAAGCCUCACACCACGUGGUUCAAACAGUGACCAAACAGAGAGGCCUGGUGAGCUGUAUGUGGUUCCUGAGCCUGAGGUUCUCCACCCGUUAUAGGUAUACGAUGAGAGGUGAUAUGCUUCUGAAUACCAUUUGUUGGAAACCGCAAGAGGAGAGAAUGCUCUUGCGCUCAGGGCCUGAUUGUAGCAUCUGGGUGGCCACUGGGGAAAGAGGAUGCUAGAUUGGAUGGGCCCUUGCCUGAUCUAGCACGCUCCCCUUACAAAAUAGUAUUAGUCUCCCUUUUUUUCUCAAUGAUAGCCUCCUUGCUCUUGCAGACAACCUCUGCUUUGAUCACAGCAGCUCCGCUUUCCCAGUAAAUGCCAUUCACAUUUAAGUUAUGUCUGGCUGUAGCAGGUCAUCUCCUCUUAUGUAGCUUGAUUUCAUUAGGACUGCUAUUAACAUAUGUAUAAUAUAUAUAGACAUAAUAUCUAUAAUUUGCUAAGCAGCGAUACUGCAAUAGCAACUUCAGCUCAAAAUGAGAAAACACACACACACACAAACUUGAAUUGUGAAAUCACAUGGUUACAGAAUACUUUGUUCCCGAAAACAUUCGCUGGGAACAAAAGUCCACUGACUCCAAUAUAAUGCUCUAUCAAUUAAGAGUUUAGCCCUGUGCGCACUUACUCGGGAAGAAAGGGAGCAAAUUCUGACUAAACACAUUUAGGAUCAACCUGUUAAUCAGUAAUAGCAUUGUAAGGGUUGUGAUGUUAUUAAACUGCAAGCAUUUCCAAACAAACAAGAGAUGUGAAAUUCAGCUUCUUAUGAGAUAUUUUGCCCUCCUAAGCACACAUGUGUCACGUAAGUGAUUUGGUUGUUGAAGCAUUAGCUGCUGUUGCUUGUUUUCUGCUUCGUUUGAUCUUAAUUCUUUUUCGAGUCUGCUUUUCUGGCUUAUUUUCGGCCGCUCUCUGUAGAAACCUGUUGGCAGGAAGCGGCACAUUUCGCAUGGCUAGUUCGUUGUGACAUACCCCUUGUUCCAGUGGGCACGCCAGCCUAGGAGCCUCCUCAUCACAGCUGUCUCUUCCCCCUGCCAAACAUGACAUCAGAAUCAAACAAACCGGCUCAUUGUUAGAUCACUCUUUUCUGUUUCUGUAAUGCAAAGAUGUCAGACACUGGUUUCACUAGGAUGAAAACUCUGCUCUCAUUUCCCACAUUUUAAUCUGAGGCUGGAGCGGUUUGGGAAACGGCUGCAGAGGACAGUUUCAGAAAACACUGCGCUGUUUUGCCGUAACAUGCCCUUCAAUGUGUUUCAGGCCAGAGCACAAAUUGUGAUUUUGGCGAACAAAUCUGUAUUGAGAAGUAAUUUUAUUUUAAACAUUUUGCCCUGUAGUGUGCUUGCACUUUGUAAAAUGAGCUUGACAAACAGGAAGCUAACAAGGAAUCUUUGUUGUUAUGUUGGAGGGGAUGCCAGCAGGUGUAAAUCUGUAUCUUUCUUUUUUUUUGGCAAAGGGUGUUUAAGGAGAUAACAGAAAUCACUGGGUUGGUAUCUCACCCCAGUAAAAUUAGCAAAGAUCUGUAAAAAAUAUUCAAAUCUCUGUUGGAGAUGUAAAACAGAGGUGGGGACUAUGUAGCAUAUGUGGUGGGGGUGCAAGGUGGUUAAACAAUUUUGGAUUGUGGUACAUGAAGAACUUUAAAAGAUAUUUAAAGGUUCAAUUUCCAAAAAGCCAGAAGCAUAUUUGCUGGGCUUAGUAUCCAGUGACAUCCCCAAGGAGAAAAGGAAUGUAGUCCUUUACGCAACAGCAGCGGCUAGAUUACAAGUGGCAAAAAAUUGGAAAACAGGAAAAAUACCGGAACUAUUAGAAUGGCGAGCCAAAAUUUGUGAAUUUGCUGAGGUGGCAAAAUUAAUGGCAACAAUCAGAGGCUGUCCUAAUCAAAAAAACUCACAAAGAGUGGGAGUACGUAAAGGAAUACAUGGAAAGAUCUGGUUUCGGAACUCAAAUUUAAUAGGCGAUAGCUAAAAGCCGCAAGGAUACGGAACAACAAAUACAUAUCUUAGUUAAUGCAACGAGAAAUAACAUUAUGUAGAGAAGAUCGCACAUGGGUGAAAGGAAGUAAGGGGUAUGGGGGGAGGGAGGUAUAGGGUAGUAUUCAGAAAAUUGUUAAGGAUAUAUAUGGGAUUUAAGAGGCCAAGAACAAAGAGUUAUAAGAAGGAGACUAACAUUAAUGAAAAGUGAAAUAAGGAAAUCUGAGAAGAAUUUGGUACAAAUGAAAACAUAUGAGUCAUGGUUUUGCUUGUAUUUUGGCUUGUAUUUUGGCUGUAAAGUUUUCUGUUGUAAAGAUUGUAUAUAAGAGUUCUGUGUAAAAAUCAUUUAAAAAGAAAGAAAGAAAUCACCAGGUUAAAGUCUACUGAAAGUCCAGAGGUGGCAUUAUUAUCAAUUUACGAUGGGGUGAAAGGUUCGCAGGUGAUGAAGGACUUACUCCCAAAUUUAUUGACAGCUGCAUGCAUUAUUAUAGCUAGGAAGUGGAAGGGGCAAGCAAAACAUAAAAUGGAAGAAUGGUAUAAAGAGGUGUGGGAUAUAGCUAUUAAUGAUAAAUUAACAUGUGCCAUUAAGGUAAGAUGGAGAAUACGCAGGAGAAAUUAUUUUGAGGCGAUAUGGAGGGUGUUUGUAGAAUUUGUACUGUUAAAACGGAAAGGGGUCAAACCAUCGCAAGAAGUGUUGAAAUUUUGGGAGGUUGCAUAGUUACAAUGGAAUGGUCUUGGUGGUGGGGUCACAUUUUUACCUUUAUUUAUUUAUGAUUAUUACUUUGUCAAAAUAAAAUUAAAAAUUAAAAAACAAAAAAAUAAUUCUACCAAUCAACCAACAAACAAACAUGCAUAGGAAGUGGCUUUGUCUGAGUCGGAGCAUAGGCAACAUGCCUGCUUCCAGACAUUGCUGGACUGCAAUCCCCAUCUGUAUUGGCUACCCCCGGUCUACACUGUCUGGCAGCGGGUCUCUAGCAUUUCAGAGAAGGAUUUCUCCCAGCCCCAUCAGGAGAUGCUAGGGAUUGAAGCUGGAGCCUUCCACAUGAAGAGCAGGUGCUCUUCAACUGAGCUAUGACCCAAAUGUUUUGCACAUUUGGUUUUUUUAUUUCAUUGGCUUAUAUAUAAUUGAAAUUUGACCAGACCAUUGUGUUUUCCUGUUGCCCAUUUUGGAUGCUGCUCCUUUGGGCGACUAUUUGAUUUAAUUGUCGACUUCUAUGAUAAAGGUGCAAACCAGAAAAAGUCACGCAUAAGACAAGGUGGCAGCCCCAUUCUGAGUUCUUGACUCCCCCCUCUUCCCAAAAUAAACACUAUUUCCCAAUGGUUGCCAUUAAUUUGAUUUUGAAUUGAUUUUAGAAUGCAUUUCAAUUGAUUGAUUGUGAUUUUAUGUGAACUGUGUUGCCUUUAUUGUUGUUGGCCACUCUCAGCCCGGCUUCGGCUGGGGUGGGCGGGAUAUAAAUAAAAUUUUAUUAUUUUAUUAUUAUUAUUAAUUUGAUUAUUUGCAUGCAUUAUUUCUUGAAAUGCCCGUAUGCCACCUUUCUUCCAUGAAUGGCACUCACAGCGACUCACACACUUCCAGCGCAUAUUUUUAACAUACAGAAGAAGAAGGGUGUGCUGGACCCCGGGGGGGCAGGUUACCGAGAGUCCGGUCCUGGGUUGAGGGUCUGGAGACUGUCCACCAAGGGCGAAGCGGAGUCCAAAGCAGGAAGCCGGGCGUGGUCAGGAACUCUGGAAGAACAGGGCUGGGUGCUGGCAGAAACAGGUUUCCAACGACGUUGUUCCCGCAACCUGGGACCGGGCUGACCGGCCUUUAUCUUCUCUGAGGCCAGGGGCAGCCCCGGCCCACAGGUGACCCGCCUCUCCUGGCCUUAAGGUGAGCACUCCUCCUGGGAGUACUUAGUUCCCUCCGCCUUUCUGACCUGAGCCUCUGCAGCUCAGGAGAGGCUGGAGGGUUACUGGACCCUGGGGGAGGCUCACCUUCCCCUGACAGGGCUGGGAGAGGCGCACCUGCAGGCAAUGGGUCCUCAAUCACCUCCGGAGCCAGAGUGGAUUCAUCUGGUGUCUGCUCCUGAGGAUCCGGCACAGGUGCAGGUGCUUCAGAUUCAAGGCCCUGCCCCGGCUCAGCCGGCCCUGGAGGCGGGGACUCCUGUGCAGGCUGGGAUUCCUCUGGUUCAGCCUCUGAAUCAGACUCCCAGGCCAUCACACCGGGAGAAGGAGAGCAGAGGCGGUUUGAGGGUUGCACUUGGGUGCCGAGCUGCAGCUGGUACCACAAUAACACUGUAGAAUGGAGCGAGAGAGGUGGGGGUGCUGAAUCUCUGACAACCCUGGAUGGCAGUAGCUAUCCAGGGCUAUCUUUACUUUCCUUGAAUGAGGCCCAGAUUCCUCCAGUUAGGCCUGAUUUGAGAUUUGGGCCUCGGCUGACUUUAAUGCGCAUCCUUAAUUAUAACAACAACGAUUCUAAAUAGUCUGAUUUUUAAAAAAGAUAUAAUGUUCCUUAUGCAAUCAGGUGAGCGUGCUGGGGAACUCCAGUUGGCAGUAUGACGAAGUGAGAAACCAGUGCCACUUCCACCAGUUUGGAAAAGAGCAGCCAGAUUUAAAUUUCCGUAACCCAGAUGUUGAAGAAGAAAUUCAUGUAAGUAAUCAAUUGCAUUCUGAUCACGAAGGCAUGCACAUGGUCUUUGGAUCACGAAAUAUGAUUUGUUGAUGCUACCUGUUUUGCUAAUUUAUAAUAUAAUGGGGAAUAAUGAGCAUGUUUAAAAAUCCUGUUGAUAUCAUUGCUUUAUUAUUAUUAUUAUUAUUAUUAUUAUUAUUAUUAUUAUUAUUUUCAAUUCUUUUUAUUAAUUUUCUAUAACCAAACAACGAAAAGUAAAAAAAAAACAAAUAAACACACCAAAGAAAAAAGAAAACAUCAACCAAAACAGAAAACAUAAACAGACAAAAAGACAAACAUUAAUUAACAACAAAUAAUGGUUGACUUCCCUCCAUCUCGGUUUUGGGUUAUGUAAAAUAAUAAUUCCAUUCUGCAGUUUUCAUUUUAUAUCAUCUACACAUUGCAAGGAUUAUGUUAAACCUACUGUGAUUUUUAUAUCUCUAGAAUUUGUUUCCAUGUAUGUUAUAAAUUUGGUCCAAUCGUCAAUAAACUUUGUACCUUUUUGCUGUCUGAUAUUCUGCGUCAUUUUUGCCAAAUCCGUAUAUUCAAAUAAUUUAAUUUGCCAAUCUUUAACGGUCGGGAUAUUUGGGGUUUUCCAAUUUUGUGCUAACAGGAUCCUGGCAGCUACAGUUGCAUACUGAAACAUUAUAUGGUCUUCUUUCUUAAUCUCGUCUCCGAUCAUUCCCAGAAGGAAGGCUUCGGGUUUUUUAACGAAAGUGUAUUUAAAUAUUUUUUUCAAUUUGUUGUAUAUGGAUUCCCAAUUUUUUAAAAUUUCUUCACACUUCCACCACAUAUGGUAGAAACUUCCUUCUUUAGUUUUACACUUCCAACACCUUUUAUCUCCAGUCUUAUACAUUUUUUGCAAUUUCACAGGGGUGAUGUACCAACGGUACAUAAUCUUUUCCAUAUUUUCUCUAAGGGUAGUGCAGGCUGUGAAUUUCAUUCCUUUACUCCACAACCUCGUCCAUUUGUCAAAAUCUAAAUUGUAUCCGAUGUCUAUCGCCCAUUUUACCAUAACCUCCUUGACCUCUUCGUCCUUAGUGUCCCAUUCUAAUAACUAAUUAUACAUUUUAGAUAGAAGUUUGGUUUUACUUUCUAUUAUCUCUACCUGGAACUUAGAUUUUUUCUCAUUCAUCCCAAUCUUUUUAUCUUCCUUCCAUAAGGCGUUAAUUUGAUGAUACUGCAACCAACCUGUUAAUUUGUUUUUAAACUCUUCGUAUGGUCUAAUUUUCCAUCCUCUUUCUGAUCUUUCCAGGAGGUCUUCAUAGGUCCAUCUCUCACCUUCUAUAUUUAUUUUUUUAAUAGUUAAGAUAUCAAUAGGCGAUAGCCACCAGGGGGUAUUUUUCCCCAACAGUUUUCUAUUCUUUUCCCAUGCCUCUAACAAUGUUCCUCUGAUAAUAUGAUUUGAGAAGCCUUUAUGCACCUUUUCCUUAUUCUGCCAGAGAUAAGCAUGCCAGCCGAAUCUUAAAUCGAAGCCUUCUAAGUCCAGCAGAUCUGUGUUUUUUAAUACAAUCCAUUCUCUGAGCCAGCAAAGGCACGAGGCUUCAUAAUACAAUCUCAAAUUUGGGACCGCGAAUCCUCCUCUGUCUUUUCUAUCCGUUAACAAUUUAAAUCUAAUUCUCGGUCUUUUGCCUUGCCAUAUAAAUUUAGAGAGAAUUUUUUGCCAGUUUUUGAAUAUUGAACUUCCUCUAAUCACCGGGACAUUUUGGAAUAAAAAUAAUAGUUUCGGCAGUAUGCACAUCUUAAUUGCUGCCAUUCUACCUGACCAGGAGAGUUUUAUCCUAUUCCAAAUAUCUAAUUCCUUUUGAAUUUCCUUCCAGGUGUUUAUGUAGUUAUCGGCCAUUAAAUUUAUGUUUUCCAUCAUUAGCCAAACUCCCAGGUAUUUUACCUUUUUUGCUUCUUUGAUUCCAGAUUGAAGUUCUAACUGCCUCCUUAAAUCUUCCCCCAUGUUCUUAACCAUCAUUUCAGUUUUGGUUUUAUUUAACUUAAAGCCUGCUACUUUCCCAAAUUCCUCUAGAAGUACCAGGACUUUAUCAAUACUUUUUUUGGGGUCCUCCAACGAUAUUACCAAGUCAUCAGCGUACGCUUUCAGUUUGUAUUCUUUCACCCCAAUUCUGAUUCCUCGUAUCUCUGGUGUUUUCCUUAUCUUAUUAUAAAUAAAAGCGGUGACAGGGGGCAACCUUGCCUCGUACCCUUUGAAAUUUCAAAUGCGUCAGAUAAAUUAUUGUUAAUAAUCAGUUUGGCUCUUUGACUUGAGUAGAUUGCUUUAAUUCCCUCCAUGAAGGCACCUUCUAUCCCUGCUGUCUCCAUGCACUUUAAUAGGAACUGCCAGGAUACAUUAUCAAAUGCUUUUUCUGCAUCAAUAAAAAUUAAUACUGCAGGGAUUUCAUUCUUCCUUUCCAGGUAUUCAGUGAUGUUUAUUAUGUGCCUAACAUUAUCUUUUAAUUGUCUAUUAAAAAGGAAUCCAGCUUGAUCCGUAUGUAUUACAUUUUUUAGGUAUUUCUUAAGUCUGUUUGCAUUAUUUCAGCAAAUAUUUUAUAAUCAUUGUUAAGGAGCGAUAUCGGUCUGUAGUUUUUUAUAUUCAAUUUGUCUGAGUCCGCUUUAGGUAUCAACAUGAUGUGAGCAUCUUUCCAGGAGUCCGGUAUCUUCCCUCCUUGUAGGAUAUUAUUCAUUACAUCACAUAACACCGGGGCUAAAUAUUCUCCCAGAACUUUAUAGUAUUUGGCCAAUAAUCCAUCUGGGCCCAGUGCUUUCCCUGCUUUCAUUCUCUUUAUUGCUUCCUGGACUUCAUCUAUUGUUAUGGACUUGUUCAGUUGGGUUUUCUCUUCCUCCGUUAUGGAUGUUAUUCUGUUGUUUUCUAAAUAUUUUUCUGUUUCUAUUAUAUCUUCUUCUUUUUGUAUAGUUUUUCAAAGAAUUUUAGGAAGUUUUUCUUUAUUUCGUUUGGGUCUUCCACAAGCCGUUCUUCUAUUUUUAUCUUAUUAAUCACAUUUUGCUUUUUCCUUUUUCAUAGUUGCCAGGCCAAGAAUUUCCCCGUUUUGUUUGCUGAUUCGAAAAAUUUUUGCCUCAUUGAUUUAAUUCUCCAUUUGACUUCUUGGUUAAUUAGCAUUGAAUAUUGUAAUUGUAGUAGUUUGGAUGUUUGUUUGUUCUGUUCAUCACUGGGAUUUGUUAUUAAUUUUUUCUCACAUUCUCUUAAUUGGGUCAGGAUUCCAUCUUUCUUUUGUUCUCUUAUUUUUCCCCUAUGGCUAUUUUGUUGAGUUAGAAAGCCUCUUAACACCGCCUUGCUGGCGUCCCAGACUAUAUCAAUAUUUGUCUCUUUAUUAAGGUUUAAAUCAAAAAAGUAUUUUAAGGUGUUUUGGGCCUCCUCAGUCACAUCAUCAUUUUCGAAUAAAUAUUCAUUCAUUCUCCAUCUAUACACACCCUGAAUUCCACACUUAAUUUCCAGGGAUAUUGAAUUGUGAUCGGAAAGAGUUCUGGGUUGUAUUUCACAUUUUUCAUCUCUUGUUACUAGUUCGCUUGAUACCCAAAUCUGGUCUGUUCUGCCCCAGCUCUGGUGCGGCUCUGAAAAGUAUGUAAAUUGUUUUAUCAGUGGGUUUUUGUGUCUCCAGAUAUCCGUCAAGUUUUCUUCAAGGUUUUUAAACGAUCUUGGUAAUUUCCCUUGACUCAUUUUUUUCCUUUUUGCACUUCUAUCUAGUUCUGGUAUUGGUACUCCAUUUAAGUCACCGAGUAAAAUCAGUUUAUGAGUCUCUAAGUCCAAUAAUAUUUGUUCCAGUUUUUUGAAAAAUUCUGCUUUAUUCGUGUUUGGGGCAUAGACAGUUACCACAUUGAAUUUUUCUCCCUGAUGAUUAAUUUGUAUCCCCAAAAUUCUCCCUUCCUCAUCUUUGCAUAUUAAUUUAGGGUCCCAUUUUUCUUUUGCGUAUAUCACCACUCCUCUUUUUUUGUUUGCAUCUGAAUUAAUAAAUUCAACCCCCAACCUUUUAUUUAUCAAAAUAUGUUUGUGUUUUUUGGCCACAUGUGUUUCCUGACAGCAUAUCACAUCAACAUUCUUUUUCAUCAAAACCUUCGAAAUUUUAUUCCUUUUAGAUUUGUCAUUUAGUCCGUUCACAUUCCAAGAUAGAAUUUUAAGAGUCAUUAUUGUAUUUUUUUUUAAAUUCGUACUACACACGUUCUCAGGCUUAUAGUCUAGUUUUCCCGUUCCUUGUAAUUUCUUCCUCCUUUUCUUCCUCUUCUUCUCCUCCCACUGCACCUUCUUCCUCUUCUUCUUCCUCUUCUUCCUCCACUUCUUUCCCUUUCUCCACUUUCUCUUUUUCCUUCUCUUUCCUUCUCUUUCUCUCCCUCUCCUCUGUAAUUCUCUCUCUCUCUCUUCAAAUCUUUCUUCCACUUUCCCUAGCUCCUUCUUGUAUCUUUUCAAAAAAAAUUUCCACUUCUUGGGUAUUCAUCAAUCUAAAUCUUUUGUCCUUGUAAUAGAAGGUAAUCCCUUCUGGGAAUUCCCAUCUAUAAGAUAUAGCAUUCCUUUUCAGAACACUUACUAUUUGUCUAUAUCCGUCCCUUUACGCAAGAGCCUGAUUGGAAUUUCUUUAAAUAUAACAAUAGGUCUUCCUUCAAUUAUUAAUUUUUUUUAAUAGCUCAUUCUUAAGAUCAUAUUUUUCAUCUCAAUUGAAUUGAAGACCACUAGGCAGUCACCAACAAGUUUUUUCGAUUUAGCUUGUUGCGUUUUCCCUCUAAUUCUAAAUGCCUUAUCUAUCGUAUAGGCUACCUCUUCCUCUUUCAAUUCUAGCCAUUUAGAUAGCUCUCUAAUCAUUUUUUCUUUUACAUUCUCAUUUACUUCUUCUCCAACUCCUCUAAAUUUUAAAUUGAGCUGUUUCUGCCGCAUUUCUACCAUGGCUAAAUUAUCCGACAGUUGGUCUUGUCUGUUGUUCCAUUCUCUUAUUUCCUCCUUUAUUUUUUCUGUCUCUUUCUUUUGUUCUUUCAUCUCCUUUUGAAUUUUCUUAUUUGCUUCUUCAAUUGAUUUUGACCUAACUGUCAAAUCUUGAAUCUUACUAGAGAGUUCUCCUACGGCCCCUUCUAUUUUCUUGUCUAUCCUCUCCUGCACCUCUCCUAAUUUAUUUUCCAUAUGUACCUCACUUUGUUUAAAUUCCUCCUUAAUCUUUAACCACAAGAUAUCUAAAUCUUUGAUUUCCUCUUGUCGAAAUGCUUUCCUUUCCCCGGGGGUCCCUCCUGCCUUUUUUCAAUUUUCCCCCAACAUUUUACGUUAUUUUCCCAGAAUGUCAGUUUUAUUACCUAGUCUCUCCCUUAGAGGGCGCACAAUCACUCUCUCUUGCUCUAAAUCCUGUACCUCCCAAUAUCUUCCUCCCAGGAUUCCAGACCUGAGUGGUGUCUCUGUUACCAAAAAUACAGACAAAACCCAGUCCAAUCUAAAUAGUAAACAUCAUACAAACACAAAUCCAGAAUGUUCCAUAGUUUCUUCUCUGAGUCCGCAAUAUAUCUACUAAAGCUGAGAUGUCUAUUACCUUAAAUCACCUUAUAUAGAAUUAUCUUUUACUCCGAACGCACAGAAUUAGAAACUUUAAGAUUUAAAUUAAAGAUCUUUCCCACAAAAAACCCCAAACGAAGUCCUCUAAUAAAACUUGGUUUGUUUCCCUAAAGGAAACCAAGUACCUUUAGCCUAGUUGAAAAAUAGUCCUAUUUGCGUAAUUUUUUCAGAGAGAUCGAAAAAAGCAAAGAGUAAGGAAAAAUAAUUUUUCUGUAAACAAAGAAUAGUUUUCAGGUAGUCCUAAUCAAUCCUAAUCAGUUCUAGUCAAUUCUGGUGUCUUCUGCCACUUGUCGGCUUAAUCCAACUUGAGUCUUCCACGAUUGUUGUCUCGUCGAAGCCCCCCCCAAAAGACCUCAGAAUAUGGAAUCGUGAUUUGUUUCACAUAGGUAUCAAAUUAACCAAAUGUCCUCAAUGUUGAAAGUCAUUAAGUAAAUCCAAAGUUCAUUCAGCUUUGCAAGGUCAAAUAUAAUUUAGUUUUGGAAAGGGAAUUUAAAUUAUAAUGAAAGAGGUGAGUUCAGUAUAACAAGGCAUGGAGCAGAGAGCGUAGAUGUAAUUUCCAGUCUUAGCCACUGAGGUCAGAGUCUAGAAUCUUCCAUCUCUUUCCAACUCAGUCCAUUUCAAAAUAUCCUCCUGCAGAGCCAAUCCCUGCCGCUUCAGCAAUUGUAAAAAAAUAAAAAGGUUUAGGGAGUCCCUCCAAAAGAAGAGUAGGUGUAAUUCAAUGUUCCCCAAGUCCUUUAUGUUGUUUAAAGAAAGAAAAUUGGCAGGAGUUUCAAAUAUAACCUAAUACAGGGGAGGGUGGAAGGGUAGUCACUUGUUCACUUAAUGUGGCGAGGAGGAGGCAGAGAGUUAGAGCUAAUCUUAACUUUAAUAGUUCUUUAUACGCCUCCUUCCUUUAUCUCUUUAAAGUCCUUUAACGAUCCUUGUACAUCCCCCUUCUGAAUGAAAUCUCUUUUAAUCACACAAAGAAAAAGAGGGAGCAAAAUUUCAUGCAUUCAUUCUUUUCCCUUCUCCUUAAAGCCUUCUCAAAUCUUUUCGCAGUCUUCUUGACUGCAACUCUAUUGAAGUAAAUGAACGCGGUUACUUUUUAACUUUUGUCUUUCCAGCACUAAAGGUGUUCAAAGUCUCUAAUCAGUUCCUUAUUAGUUACUUUGUAUUUGAUAAGUCUAUCUGCCGCAGCAAAAAAGUUGCUGUGGACUUUUUGUUUUGUACUCACUCAGAUAGGCAGCAAGUCACUUCCUUUCUUAUUCUUGCGACUUUGUUUCCUGCGCCAUUUUCCCCCUCAACCGGGAUGAAUUUCCUGCUUUCAAUCUUUAAACAUCCGAAAAUCACUUGGUACGAUCUUCAAGGUUUUAGGGUGAAAAUAUUCCACUUUCGCCAAGGAUUUUAUUGUUAUCUUUCUGGAGAUUCAUCGCGCUUCUCAGGGGAAGCUGAAGGCAUCGCAACACAGGGUCGGUGCUUUCCCGCUUGCGUUCGCAGUCUCGUCGUCCUCGAGUUCUUCGGAAAACCCCCCGAAAAGACAGCGAAACCGCUCCUCCGCUGCUGGGUAGCCUGUCCCUCAAGGGUCCCCCCUUGAGAUUUUUGGGGUGCGCAGUGCCCUUGCGACUCCCCCAAGCCCCCGUGUUGCCAGGAAAACCCCGACGAGGUUUUCCGUGCUUCCUCGCUGUCCGCGAGUCAAACCGGAAGUCUGCUUUAUUAUUAUUUUUUAAUAGCCAGCUCUUCUAACAAUUUUUGAAGGGCUCUAGGUUGAAUAAUUCUACUGAAACACUAUGGAAGUGCUCUCAAGUCCUUUAUUUCAAAAUCACUCUGUUGUUUCCAAACUGACCUUGAGUACAAUCCAGAGGGUGCUAGUUGCACUUAGCUCCCAUUGGAAUCAUGGUUAGUCAUGACUAACUUCCUGUCCUGAUUUCAACUUCUCUGAAUCAAACUCCUUCUGUCCAGAUCUAUAUCUGUUUUAGGUCAGUCCACUCCCCUGUUCCAUGCAGAAAAUCUCAUCAUAAGACUGCAACUUCUAUAACCACACAUGAUUAUCAUAAGGUAGUAAACUUCCUCUACUGAGUGCCCAUAAUAAGGGCUAAAGUACAUGUGGCGUGCAGCCAUGUCUUAAGAGCUAAGAGGCUGCUUCUAUGAAAAAACAGCUCCAGGAGUGGGAGAUUUGUAGUGAGGAAUUAGCAUGGAGAAGAAGCACAAAGGUCUUUACUUUCCACUGCAACUCUCUCCAAGCGGUCCCUCCCUCCCUGUACUUUUACAGACACUCCAUGGACCACCUGAGUGAACCUUGUGGACCACGAAUGGUCUGCAGACCACAGUUUGGGAGCCCCUGUUGUAGAUCCCACAAGUUCCAGGAAGUAUGGCUAAAGGCCAGGGAUGAUGGGAGCUGUAGCUCUGUGACAUCUGCAGGGCCAAAGGUUCUCCACACCUCUUGUUGACAGAGCUUUACGCCAAUCUACAUUUCUUUUACGAAACUCAAAAUACAUGAAAUGUAUUUGCUGUGAUUUCUGACAUAACACAAAACAAUUCUGCCUCAUCUAUCCGUUUAGGAGGUUAUCAGAUUUUGGCUCGGCAAAGGCGUCGAUGGAUUUAGCAUUAGUACGGUCAAAUUCCUGCUGGAAGCAACGCAUCUGAGAGAUGAGCCUCAAGUCAAUAAAUCCCAAAAUCCGGUAACAAUUUUUCUCCUUCGUCCUCUUACAGUAGUACACACUUCGGACUGAUAAGGGUUCCUUACAUUUUGUUAGUGAGCUGUCCUAGCUGAAUAGGCUCAGAGGCAGUUUAUAUUCUCAGAGGCAAUGUACCUCUGAACCAUAGCUGUCAACUUUUCCCUUUUUUAAAGGGAAAUUCCCUUAUUCCGAAUAGGAUUCCUCGCAAGAAAAGGGAAAAGUUGACAGCUAUGCUCUGAACACUAUGUGUUGUGGACAAACGGGGCGGGGGGGGGUCAGCUGUUGGGUUCACAUCCUUCUUAGGGCUUCCUAGAGGCACCUGUUUGCCACUGUUAGAAUGCUGAACUAGAUGGACCUUUCUUCAGAUCCAGCAAGGCUCUUCCUAUGUGGAUAUGGCCUCUGCCAGAGACCUUGGAAGGCUACAGCUGGGACUGGGAGAGAUGGACCACUGGUAUUAUUUAGCUUCAGAUGUUCUUGGGCAUUGCCUCCAAGACUUUUGGAAAGUUAUAGGACUCAAUUCUAGCUAGACAUUCAUGACCUCCUAUAAACCACACACACACACACACACACACACACACACACACACAUAUAUAUAUAUAUAUAUGGCACCUGUGGUUCUAUGAUAGAAGAAAGGUGGGAUAUAAAUGCACGAAAAUAAAAGGUAGUUUUAAAUAUUGUGAAUUGCAGUAGGAACUGACCUGGUCAGCACUUCCUGGGCCAACAUGUGGAUCAGAACUUGGUUAUCCAUUGGUCUUUGGACUUCCUGAAUGUUCUGAUGCAGCUCUUAUAUUAAAUGUUAAAAUGUAUUGGGAGAUGAUACAUUUAGAAAUGUAUUUUUAAAUAGAAAACAAAAUCUAAAUAUGUAUUUAAAAGGAAAGAUUCGUUUCCACAAGGAUUUUUUUUAUUACAAAUUUGCAAAUUAAUGCAGAAAUUGAACGGAAUGGAUUUAGGAGCGAGUGGUGGUGAAAACGGUGCAGGCCAGAAAUAGACUGAUCUAUCCAUUUCAACAUUCUAGGUUUUUUUUCCCAUUUUUUAAAAAAAGAAGCACCACCCACACUGCAGUUCUUUUAUAACUUGAGGGAGGGAGGGGGAAGAAGUGUGGUGGUGUUAUAAAGGAUACCUUCUGAGAGGAACAUUCUGGAUUGCAGCCAUUGUCUCAGAUGUCUAUCUCUGGAAGGGCCUAGAAAGUUAGGAAGAGGAGUAAUGACAAAUAUCCUAUUGCUCUUCAAGGACACUAUCACAGCCUAUUCUGAACUGUAUCACGACUACACCACCACCCAGGUUGGCAUGCACGAUAUUGUCCGCAGUUUUCGCCACACCAUGGAUAAGUUCAGCAGUGAGCCUGGAAGAUACAGGUAACAACAAUACCACGACGUCUUCAUUUCUUAUUCUUUUCAUGUGAUGGUAAACGUCGCCCCUUUUUCCUAGGAAGCAGUCUGAAGCAGGUAAGAGUGAAUGUCCCCAUCCCAUCCCAGGAACUCAAUGGAACUAUCUGCAAGAAUGCCUUCUCUCAUAUAGAACUGGCAAUCCACUAAGAUCAGGGGUCAGCAAACUUUUCAGCAGGAGGCCGGUCCACUGUCCCUCAGACCUUGUGGGGGGCCGGACUAUAUUUUUUUUCAAAUGAACGAAUAACUAUGCCCCACAAAUAACCCAGAGAUGCAUUUUAAAUAAAAGGACACAUUCUACUCACGUAAAAACACGCUGAUUCCCAGACCGCCCGUGGGCUGAGUUUAGAAGGCGAUUGGGCCAGAUCCGGCCCCUGGGCCUUAGUUUGCCUGCCUAUGACUACCAUCUUCAGGGGAGGCCCUAUUAGUUACGUCAUGGCCUGCCUCUCAAGUCUGGCCUUUUAGAGCAAAUGGGGCACUGCCCCACCAAACCUAGCUUGCUCUCAGCCAGCCCCCAACUACCUGCCUUCUUACAUCCAGUCCAGCGGGUGGCGCUGGCUGCCCAGCUUCCUCCUCCUUGGGCCUCAUCUGCACCCACCACUUUAAACAGCCAUGGCUUCCCCCCCAAGAAUCCUGGGAUGUGAAUUCUGUUUAGGGUGCUGAGUGUCGUUAGGAGUCCUGUAUUCCCCUUGGAGAGUUACAGUUCCCAGAGUUCCCUGGGAAGAGGGGUUGACUGUUAAACCAUGGAGAACUUUAGCUCUGUGAGGGGAAUAGGGGCCUUCUAACAAUACCUUGCACCCUUAACAAACUACAGCCCCCAGGAUUCUUUGGGGCAAGCCAUGACAGUUGAAAGAGAUAUGAUACCGCUUUAAAUGUGCAGCGCGGAUGGGGUCUUGGUCUCCGUUCUGCCUUUGCGGAACUCAACAGGGAGGAGGAUGGGGCCCAAGGGAGAGUGUGACAACAUCUGGUGGGCCAAAGGUUAGCCAAAACCUGAUAUAGGUGAAUGAUCAGCCAGUUGUACUGUCAAUGUGUAUUCAAGUAAGUACAGUAUACAAUCACGUGUUUUAAUGAUUUAUCAUUACAGUUCAGUGUCCAGUUGCAACUGGUCCUUCAUCACUGGACUUGAUAAUGAUAAGUAUCGCAUUAGCCUAAAACAGGGACGUCCAGCUCCCAAGAGACUGUGAUCUACUCACAGAAUAAAAAACUAGAAGUGAUCUACCCAUGGGGGGGCAGGUCAGAGUUAUUGAGCUUUUUUUUAGGGAGGAAAGUCUAAACUGUCAACCUUUUUUAGGGGUGCAGGUCAAAGUUGUUGAGCUUUUUUGGGCAGGCUUUUUUUGGGGGGGCUGCAACAUCAAUCUGUAAGCAAUAAGUCAUCCAGCCAGCAGAAACUCCAUCUUCCGUUCUUGAAAUCAUGUGCGGGAAAAGGGAGGGGGCGAGGACAAAUGCUCAUUUCCCCCCACAGACAAAAAUGAGCCCGCUAUCGACUGCGAUUGACUUCUAACAACAGAGCGUCAACCUGUCGAUUGUGGUCGACCUGUUGGACAUCCCUGGCCUAAAGGAUGUCCCUAGAACAGGAAUGCUGUGUUUUGGCACCAGCUGUACUCGGCAUCUGACUCCUGUGGAAUUAGAACAUUUUUUAUGUUCAGUGUACUUAACCCUUCCAGCUGUUGAGAGGCCUAUUGUGUUUGGCCAAGAUUUCAGAGGCCCAAGUGAAAUUACAGAGUUCCAUCCGUUUAGUGACCAGAAUCCCCGUCCAAUUAUUUGCUCUUCUCAGUGGACCCUAGCACUAUAAAUUACUCUGGAUGGGGGCUGAACAUUUUUCAGCACGGAACAAUUCAGAUAUGGGAGAACUGAAUUUCACCACAGACAGAGGAGAUGCCUUAAGAGUCAUUUUGAGAUAGAUGUCAGUGCUCCCCCCCCCCGAAAAAUAGGUGCCGGAACUCACCAUGAAGUUGUUACAGUGUCACACUUUUUAACCCAAAAAAAGGAGGCGUGCCGGUACUGCGUACCCUUGAGUACCCCCUGGGGAAAGCGCUGGAUGUGAUUCCCUAGAUCCCAACAAUGGUACCAUCAGGGUCAGGACUUGGGGCAGACAUCUAUGGCCCCAUAACAGCGCCCCCUCAAAUGCAGUUGGCUUACCAUGUUUAGAAGUGAAAUAACACACACUGCUAUUUGAGGAGAGGAGGUCCCAUAAGACCAACAAGUCCAGAGUCUUAAAUGAUCUAGCUAUACCACUAGAGGGACUCCAGUCCAACAGAGGUUCCUGCUGGAGGAAGGACAGUGGGAAGGCAAUUUUUCCUCAUCACCCCUUCCCCCUGCAGUCCCUUGGGCCAUCUCUGGUACUGUUACGGUGAAAACAAAAAGGUAAACAGUUUUUAAACUGUUAUGGAUCGUCCACCAACUCCCUAAAGCUGCUUUUCAAAGGAACUCCCCCUUUCCUUCUACCUGUGGGAACAUACCACAAACCUAACUCUGUUCAUGCUGAGUCUGGAUUCAGCCCAGUAAUUGUUACAGUGCCUUGUAAGAACUUUGCCACGUAAAAUGUAAAUCAUUAUUGGGAUUCAAAGAGAAUCAGAGCCCAGUGUUCUGUUAUCAAGUCCUGUGGCAGGUUUUCCAUUUUCCGUUUUGUUAUAUCAAAUGAAUGCCACUUCUGAAAACCACGGGCAAGAAAACCAAACAGAUGUUGUCCUCUUUUCAAGAUUUAUGGGCACGGAGGCAAAUGACCAUGAUGACGUUGAGAGAACCAUGAUGUAUUAUGGGACACCUUUCAUUCAAGAAGCAGAUUUCCCUUUCAACUUCUACCUCAUGAACAUGCAAGAAAUAUCAGGAAAUGGCAUUUUUGAAAUUGUGUCUUUGUGGAUGAAGAAUAUGCCGGAAGGCAAAUGGCCGAACUGGGCGGUAAGCUUCUGGUGACGAAGGCUUAUGAUCAUCUCCCAGCUUGGCACACAACCUUUUAUGACAUUUGCAGGUGGCCAAAUAAUUGCUCGUUUUACUUAUUUAAUCAUAUUUGCAUCCUCUCUUGCCUUUAAAUUUAUAGCAGCAUUAUAGAUAGGGUGGUUAUCCCUUUAUAUGUCCACAAAUAUUUUGUGAGGCAGAGUAAGGCCCAGAAAUAGUUAAGAACAUCCAGUGAGCUGCAGGCUUCCUAAAGAUGGCUGCUUUUAACCCCUUCGCCGCAUUUCAAAGGUGGUAUGCCAUGUCCACUGGGCUGGCCCUACCAUUUGGCAGAGUGAGGCAGCUGUCUGAGCCGGCAGAUAGUGGUGUGGAGGGGGCAGGGAGCAGUGGCGAUAAGUUGGAGGGCAUUUCUGCCUGUCCCUUGUUGCUUGUUCUGCAUCCUCCAAGCUAGCCUGCGGCCUCAGGUGUGGUAAAGAAUGCUUUGCUGUCAGCUGCCAGUCCAGUUGGCUUCUGUAUAUCAAAGGGUGGGGCUGCCAUCUUGUCCUUUGUCUCAGGAUGAAAAGUGUCUUGGAUUGGCUUUGGUUAUACAGCGGUCAGAGUGUGAGGUUUAGCAAAAAUCCCCCUCAAAAACCCUUCUGAGAAUAAGGCGUCAGUCCCAUGGCUCCCUGGACUGGGGUCCAAUAAAUUAAAUCAACAUGACAAUCUCCCCUAGUACAGCAGGAUACUGAAAACUUUUCAAAUGAUCAAAAUGAUGACACUGCAUUUGUAUGUUUGUGCUCCUUUUUGUACCUUUGAGAGAAAAAAUUAGGUACCCUGCUGUUUAAAUUUAAUAUUUUGUCACACACGGUUUAUUUGGCUUUGAUAAUUAGACUUCACCAUUGCUUUGUAUUUUGGGGCCUUGGAACAAUUUAUUCCCUCUGCUCUGCUGGAGCAAAAUCUCUUUUAGCAAAAAGCAAUAUUAAACCAGUUUUAUUGUGAAUAUUGAGUGCUGUGAUUAAAAAACAUGUAAGCACUCAGUCAAUAUAUACAAUAAAAUAUAUUUCCAUGGAGGGCUAUAGUCUAACCAAGUACUCCAUAGUCCAGGACAUUAAAAAAGAAAGACAAUGCUCAUGGGAAAGGCAGACUUCACUAGUUCAAUCAGUCAUCAAUUUCAUACUGCUAUAACAAGAUAUGGUUCAAACCAGGGUUGGGAAACCUCAGGACCUGGGUCAAAUGCAGACUUCCAGGCUGCAGGACUCUCUCUAGGCCACACCCCCUUCCCAGGCCACUCCCCUUGCUGUUCCUGCUCCUCUUGCCUGGCUUCCAUGUGUCCUACUAUACAAAGCUAAGACACAUUCAAUGUUCCACUCAUUUUUUGUCUCCAGACACAGUAACACUAGAAGAGCCCUGUGGGAUCAAGCCAAAGGCCUAUCUCAUACCCACCCCCCACCUUGAAGGCAAAAACUGGGACAUCAUCUUCCCAUUUUCUCUUGUGAGAGAACGGCGACCAUUCUGGGCACCAUGAUCUUGCACCACAAUCCCCCCCGAAAAAGUGUAUUGGGGGGCACAGUGCCCCAAAACAUGCAUUUUUGGGUGCCACAUGAGAUUGCAGCCUUGAAAAGCACUUUUUUUCCUGGGGGAAACCGCACAAACUAGAAAUGUCUGCCAUUCUCUCGUGAGAAAAAAAUGGGAUGUCCUGGUUUUUCCUGGACACUCGCAGGAUACGCUAUCUAGUCCAGCGUUCUAUUCUCACACUGGUCAGAUGUUCAUGGGUAGCCCACAAGCAUAACUUGUGUGCGACAGCAUUCUCCUCAACUUUUGAUUCCUAGCAACUGGUAUUCAAUGGAAUAUUGUCAUUGUGGGUAGUAGCCAUUGAUAACUUUGCCCUCUGUGAAUUUGUCUGUUCCUCUUUUAAAGUCACCCACCAAUGGCCUGCAACCAGGUUUCCCAUCAGGGACUGUGGCUUGUGGGUGGAGAAAGAUAUCCCAUCCCUUAUCUACAUGGCUUUUAUUGAGGUGGUGCCUUUGGAGUCUGAUAAAACAAUAUACUUUCCUGUUAGGCUGGAAACCCCAACAGUGCUCGAAUUUCCUCUCGGAUUGGGAAGGAAUACAUAAAUGUCAUCAACAUGCUUCUUUUAACUCUUCCUGGAACACCUACAACCUAUUACGGUGAAGAAAUUGGAAUGGAAGAUACCACAUCAGAAAAUGUGAGUUUGGAAAUUCUCGAAUUCCACCCCCAUGCAGUAACCAUGCUACUGAGGAUGCUGCUGCUGUUUCACCCUUCGUUGAUGAUCAAGCCGUCUUGACUUUCCCAGUGCUGUUAAUUCCCCCCUCCCCAAUGCCUGUCUUGUUCUCGUUUCUCCUAAAACAAGACUGGUGGCCUUCCAGAUGUUGUUGAACUAUGACUGCCAUCAUCCCUAACCAUUGGCCAUGCUGUCUGGGGCUGAUGCAAGUUGGAGUCCAAGAACAUCAAGCCCAAGAGUGCUCAUUAAUGGUUCCUCAUCAUCCUUGAAAAAAGUGACAGCUGGGGUCCCACAGGGUUCUGUCCUGGGCCCGUUGUUGUUCAGUCUUUAGAAAUGACUUGGAUGUAUGAAUUGAGGGGAUGCUCAUCAAAUUUGCAGAUGACACCAAACUGGGAGGGGUAGCUAAUUCCUCCGAAGACAGAAUCAGGAUUCAGGAUGUCCUUAACAGAUUGGAGUACUAGGAAUUAUAAUUUUUUUUUAAAAAAGAGGGACAAAUGUCAGGUUCUGUAUUAGGCAGAAAUAACCAGCUGCACCAGUAUAAGUUGGGGGACACCUGGCUUGCCAGCAGUACAUGUGAAAAGGAUCUAGGAGUGUUAGUAGACAACAGCUUAACAUGAACCAACAGUGUGAUGCAGCAGCAAAAGAAAAAGCUAAUGCUAUUCUAGGCUGCAUCAAGAGAAGUAUAGUGUCCAGAUCAAGGGAAGUAAUAGUACCAUUCUAUUCUGCCUUGGUCAGACCACACCUGAAGUACAGGCAUCCCCCCCCCCCCACUUAUGUGAAAUUGACUUCCGUGUGACCCCGCAUUAGCAGUGAAUAAUGUCUUCUUGGUUUUUUCAAGGCAACCUUUCCAGAAAAAUCACCCAUGCAGUGGGAUGAUACUCUUAAUGCUGGCUUUAGUGAAGGCAACUCAAUCUGGAUACCUGUAAAUCCUGACUAUCCAAAUAUAAAUGUGAAGGUAAGUAUGAUGACUGAAGCACUUUUCUCUCUUGUUCAAAUAAAUUACAAAUUAUUUUCUUUAGCAGGGCCAGUAUUAUCAAGAUACUUAAAAAUGUAAGUGUGACAAUCCAGCCCCAGUUUGAAUGAGGCCCCCUCACAUGCACAGAAGUAAAACUCAGGGUGAUUCUCAGAGUAGUGACCCUCUUUCCACCUUCAGAGUUGAUGGGAAGGAGUAGCUAUUAAGCCUGAAACAAAUUGUAUGGAAAAUCGGUGUGUGCUUAUGCAUUACACUUACCUAGGACUGGCAGACAAUUAAAUCAUUUUAGGCUGCAAUCUGAAACACACUGGUUUGGAAGUAAAGCUGCAAUCUAGAUUUCCACUUACCUAGAAGCAAGCAUCACUGAAUUCAGUGGGACUUACUUCUGAGGUUAAGAUGACAUUGGUGUACAGCAAUUCUAUACCUAUUUACCUGGGAGUAAGCCCCAUUGAACUAACUAGGGCUUACUUCCAUGUGGACAUGCAUAGAAUUGCACUGAUUUAUUCUAACAUUUGCCUAUUGCUGAUACCUCAAUAUAGAUGCUUUAUUGCCUUAUCAGAAAGAGUAAAGUAUCUUACAAUUUAAUAAAGCAGCCAUUCAUUGCUGUAAGAUAAUAUUUUAUCCUCUCUUCCAUAUUACAGCAAAACACUCAAUAGCCUGAAUAAAAUGAAUGAUGGUACGUUUAACUCAAGAGCCCAUUUGAGACCACAAUAAAAAGGCUAAAAAAUAACUGGCGACUUUAACUGUUAAAAUUAUGCACAACACUUAAAAUUGCCCCCCUCUGAUCAGUCAGCUGAGGCUUGCGCAUAACGCUGCACAUAGGACCAGAAUGCACAUGGUGUCUUCUAGAGGUAACAUAUGCUCUCAAGGAGCUUUCAGUCUAAAAUAGAUAAUGGGGAAACAACAGAGCAGGGAGACGUUGACAAAGGCCGAGAGAGAACAAUGUGCACAAGUGUCAUUUGAAGGCAGUAGGUGAGGUGGCACCAUGGGCAGGGAGGCAUAGGGGUGGCAAGGAGAAAAGUCAUUGAAGGAGGCAGUAGAAGGUGGCAGAGUAGGAGCAGCAGAGGUCACAGGCAGGGAUGGAAUGAGAAAUGAUUUUACUUUCAGUAUCUGAGAAUUGACUAAAGGAUGCAACCAUUACAUUACAGGAGCAAGAGAGUCAACAGAAUUCUACACUCAGCUUGUAUCGAGAGCUCAGUUCCAUUCGUGCCAACGAGCUUCCCAUUUUUAGAGGAUGGAUGUGUUACGUUUGGAAUGACCGCGACGUCUUUGCAUAUGUGAGGGAACUGGAUGGGUUAGAUCAAGUGUUUAUGGUGGUCCUAAAUUUUGGGCUGCAGACCGUAACAGAUCUGCAGGCUUCGGUUCCUGGUAUUCCCUCCGAAGCUACUGUAAAGCUAAGCACGAAUGUUGUCAACAGUGGCAAAGUAGUCAAUACCAAAGCAGUCGCAACUGAAAAGGGAGAAGGACUCAUUUUGGAAUACUGGACAAGCGAACCCGUCCACCAGAUGGAAGCUUUCAAAGAGAAGUGUUUUGUUGCAGAAAAGGCAUGCUAUUCAAGCGCCUUCAAUUUACUCUAUGCGUAUUGCUAAGUGGCAAUGGUUUGUUCCAAAUCUAUGAGUUGUAAUUUCUUUACAAAAGGGGCAGCAGCUUUGAAGGACCAAAUUUGAAUGCUGUGUUUAAAUAGCUUUUGGGUGUGUAUGUGUUUGUGUUUUUAAUUACUUGUUACUUGUUUGCCAGCUGUCCAAAAAUGGAAAACUUUACAGAAUUUGGAACCUUGCACUUUGCACAAAAAUGUUUGGAACGCUGCUGUAUCUGAAAAGAUCACUUGUCAAUUUCGAGCGCCACAGGGUACAGCUAAACAUGAUGCUUUUCAUGCUAUUUGGUGAAAUUACAUUAUAUACAUUAAUAUGCACCACUUGCAGCGACACUCGGAGGCCUCCCUUGAGAUUUGGAACUCUCAAAAUGACCUUUUUAUGUUGUAUUGGAUUGGAUUGUACCAUUCAUGCUCCCUUUUCUUGACAGUUGUAUUGUGUUUCUCGGUUUUUUAUUUUUCUAUCCUAGGUUCUAUACUUAAGACUUUAAAAAGCCAAUAAAAAUGACUAAAGC